CGCGACGCUAGAAGCCGCUUGUCUCCGCGAGUCGCGCUGCCUCCAGGCACCGUGGAGCUCAGUCCCCCUUUCGCCUGGGAGUUUUGUGGUCGCUUGGGGUCAGCGGUGACAUCCCACAGGGCAGGCCCGGCAGCCGCCAUGGUGGCCAAGGAUUAUCCUUUCUACCUCACGGUCAAGAGGGCGAACUGCAGCUUGGAGGUCCCCCCGGCCAGCAGUCCGGCCAAGGACGCCGAGGAGCCUAGUAAUAAACGGGUCAAACCCCUUUCCCGGGUCACAUCACUAGCAAAUCUCAUCCCACCUGUGAAGGCCACUCCGUUAAAGCGCUUCAGCCAAACCCUGCAGCGCUCCAUCAGCUUCCGAAGUGAGAGCCGGCCUGACAUCCUCACCCCUCGCCCCUGGUCCCGAAAUGCCGCCUCCUCGAGCACAAAGCGGAGAGACAGCAAGCUGUGGAGUGAGACCUUUGACGUGUGUGUCAAUCAGAUGCUCACGUCCAAGGAAAUCAAGCGUCAGGAGGCCAUCUUUGAGCUUUCCCAAGGAGAAGAAGACUUGAUAGAGGACUUGAAACUAGCAAAGAAGGCCUAUCAUGAUCCCAUGCUGAAACUCUCCAUCAUGACGGAACAGGAGUUGAAUCAGAUUUUUGGAACACUGGACUCUUUAAUCCCUCUACAUGAAGAUCUCCUUAGUCAACUUCGAGAUAUUAGGAAACCUGAUGGCUCGACUGAGCAUGUUGGUCCCAUCCUCGUGGGCUGGCUGCCUUGUCUCAGCUCCUAUGAUAGCUACUGUAGCAAUCAAGUAGCCGCCAAAGCUCUUCUGGACCACAAAAAACAAGACCACCGAGUCCAGGAUUUCCUUCAGCGAUGCUUAGAAUCUCCUUUCAGCCGCAAACUAGACCUCUGGAAUUUCCUUGAUAUUCCAAGAAGCCGCCUGGUGAAAUACCCUCUGCUACUCCGAGAAAUCUUGAGGCACACGCCAAAUGACAACCCGGAUCAGCAGCAUCUGGAAGAGGCAAUAAACAUCAUUCAAGGAAUCGUGGCUGAAAUCAACACCAAGACUGGGGAAUCUGAAUGUCGCUAUUAUAAGGAGCGGCUCCUUUACUUAGAGGAAGGCCAGAAAGACUCCCUGAUUGACAACUCCAGAGUGCUGUGUUGCCAUGGUGAACUGAAGAACAACCGGGGUGUGAAGCUGCAUGUUUUCCUGUUUCAAGAAGUACUUGUGAUCACUCGCACUGUCACCCACAACGAGCAGCUCUGCUACCAGUUGUACCGGCAGCCAAUCCCCGUGAAGGACCUGCUGCUGGAGGACCUGCAGGACGGGGAAGUGAGGCUGGGCGGCUCUCUGCGCGGGGCCUUCAGCAACAACGAGAGAAUUAAAAACUUUUUCCGAGUAAGUUUCAAAAAUGGAUCACAAAGUCAGACCCACUCACUACAAGCCAACGACACCUUCAACAAACAGCAGUGGCUUAACUGUAUCCGCCAAGCCAAAGAGACAGUUCUGUGUGCAACUGGGCAGGCUGGAGUGCUUGACUCUGAGGGACUGUUCCUAAACCCCGCCGCCGAGAGCAGGGAGCCACGGGGAGAGACCAAACUUGAGCAGAUGGACCAAUCGGACAGUGAGUCGGACUGUAGUAUGGACACGAGUGAGAUCAGCCUUGACUGUGAGCGCAUGGAACAGACAGACUCUUCUUGUCCAAACAGCAGGCACCUCGAAAGCAACGUCUGACAGGAGCACCUGUACUUCCUGGAAGUUGCCCUGCAUCUUGCCUGUACAGUAUUCGCAUCCCACACCAGGAACGGUUUGAAGAAGCACUUUUUAAUACUUUUGUGACCUUGUUGAUCCAGUCACUUAUAUCUUUGUCCCUCGUACUGUAACUGCCAACCUGUCUGUAAGCUGGAAUCUGUGGCAAGCUGUCAUCUUGUGUAGUUCGCAAGUGUAUGCAUGGAUGGAGAGGUACU